CGCCCCGGCACCGCUCUAUGGUGCGAGCCGGCAGCAGGCCGGAAGCGGCGCGGAGCGGAAGUGAGGGUCAUGCCAUAGAGGGCGGCGCGGCGCGGGCCGGAGCGGCCGUGCGCGGAGGUGGGCGGCGGCGGCGGCGCCGGUUUGUUUCCGGAGCGCAAAGACGAUGCUGUGGAAAGGAGCCACUUAACCCCCCACAAUGCCCUUUUCUGACUUCGUGUUAGCACUGAAGGACAACCCGUACUUUGGGGCUGGGUUCGGCCUUGUUGGAGUGGGCACGGCCUUGGCAUUAGCCCGGAAAGGGGCCCAGUUUGGGCUGGUGGCUUUCAGGCGCCAUUAUAUGAUCACCUUGGAGGUGCCCGGCAGUGAUAAGAGCUACCACUGGCUGCUGAACUGGAUCUCCCACCACGCCAAGCACACUCAACACCUCAGUGUCGAGACGUCUUACCUGCAGCAUGAAAGUGGGCGUGUCAGCACCAAGUUUGACUUUGUUCCCAGCCCUGGAAACCAUUUCAUCUGGUAUCACAGGAAGUGGAUUCACAUCGAGCGCAACCGGGAGAGGCAGAUGAUUGACCUGCACACGGGGACCCCCUGGGAGUCUGUCACCUUCACUGCGCUGGGCACCAACCGCGAGAUCUUCUUCAAUAUCCUCCGGGAAGCCCGGGAGCUGGCGCUGCAGCAGCAAGAGGGGAAGACAAUCAUGUACACGGCCAUGGGAGCAGAGUGGCGACAGUUCGGCUUCCCCCGCCGGCGGCGGCCUCUCAGCUCGGUGGUGCUGGAGGAAGGUGUGUCGGAGAGGCUGGUCCAGGAUGUGAAGGAAUUCAUCAACAACGCCAAGUGGUACAGCGAGAGAGGAAUCCCCUACCGCAGAGGCUACCUGCUGUACGGGCCUCCCGGCUGUGGGAAAAGCAGCUUCAUCACAGCCCUGGCCGGGGAGCUGGAGUACAGUAUCUGCCUGCUGAGCCUGAGCGACCACAGCCUCUCCGAUGACCGGCUCAAUCACCUUCUGAGUGUGGCUCCGCAGCAAAGCAUCAUCCUACUGGAGGACGUAGACGCGGCCUUUGUCAGCCGAGACCUCGCUGCUGAGAACCCAGCUGUGUACCAAGGCAUGGGACGCCUGACCUUCAGCGGCCUCCUCAACGCGCUGGAUGGCGUGGCCUCCACAGAGGCCAGGAUUGUCUUCAUGACCACCAAUUACGUGGACAGGCUGGACCCAGCACUGGUGCGGCCCGGCCGUGUGGAUCUCAAGCAGUAUGUGGGCCACUGCACCCGCUGGCAGCUUGCCUGCAUGUUCCAGCGCUUCUACCCCGAGCAGUCUCUGGCCGUGGCCCAGCAGUUUGCGGAGCAGGCGCUGGAGGUCUCCAAGCAGAUCAGCGCUGCUCAGGUGCAGGGCCACUUCAUGCUCUACAAGACAGACCCUGAAGGAGCUAUUGCAAAUGUAUGCUCCAUCCUGCUGUGACCAGGGGCCGGCUUUCCCCUGCCAUGCUGAGAGGACUGGACAAGGACUUGACCAUCCCAGGGAUGUUGUGGAGCUGCCCAGCCAUGCAGGCCAGGUCUCUUUUCACCUCUACCCCUUCAAGGCCUUGGUUUUUUAUUAAAGCACAUGGUGAGUCAGAGCUGCCAGCCUUACUGCAGGGAGAAGGGAUCAGCUCUUGCUGCUCCCCAGACUUGCGUGCUGCUGCAGCACAUGCCUUGUGCUGGGAUUGCUAUAAGCUGCCACAGCUCCUGUGUGGGAGUUGCCUUCCAUGCACGGCAGCCUGGGGGUGCCCCCAAAGGGCCUUUCUCUGGGGCAGGACAUUGGGGUGUUGCAUUGCUAAAGAGCUGCUGGUCUUUGAAAGGAGAACAGUCUUCAAUGGUUUGUGAAUAUCCUCUGUGAGGUCCACAACAUGGCUUUUGGCUCUCUUGUC